AUGCUACCAUAUCUGGCCCUAGGAGGUAAUUUGGGUGCUGGAUUAACAAGAGUGGGUUUGUUGAGCAAUUUUCCUAGGGGCCAAAUUUUUUUAUUUGGAAGGAAGCUUUUAAGGAACUUGGGUACAAGGACUAUAUCAAGCAAGUCAAAGUCGACAACGAUCUGCGAAGAAGAGGAAAAAGCGAUUUGGGAGGCAGAAAUUGCAAAGAUUGGAGUUUUGCAGGAGAGAAUUAAGAUUCUUGAAAAGGACACAAGCGAUUAUAUCCACAAAAUAGAAGAAUCUAAAGAGAAACUAUUGCGUUCAUUGGCAGAAAAUGAGAAUUUGAGACAAAGGCAUAAGAAAGAUUUAGAAGCAGCGAGGGAAUAUUCAAUCUCAGCGUUUGCAAGAAGCUUACUGGAUGUUUCUGAUAGUCUUUCCAGAGCAUUAUCAUCUGUUGACAUUGAAAAGGCCGACAAAAAUUCGAUUAUAAGCUUAUAUAACGGAAUUGGCAUGACAUACUCGACAUUAGAUAAGGUAUUUGAGUCAUAUGGAAUCAGGAAAUUCCAAUCUUUAGGUAAACAAUUUAACCCAAAAGAACACGAAGCAGUAUUUGAGGUUAAAGAUGCAUCUAAGCCUAAAGGCCAAGUCUGUGAAGAACUUUUACCUGGAUACAAAAUCCAUGAUAGGAUUCUUAGAGCUGCAAAAGUUGCUACUAUAAAAAAUUGA